CUUGGCAGCAACGGCCAUCUGCCGCCCCCUUUCUCCCAAUUCAAACCGAGCAGAUUAUUUCUCACAGACUUUUGAGGUUCACUUGUUCCAACAGACACAGCGGUCGACCGAGGAGCUGCGGGGGGAAGCGAGCAGGGGAGCAAUAUUGGGCAUAUUGCGCUCAGCCGGGGGACGCUUGCGUGCAGCCCCGUCUGCGGACACAGACACACUGACUGACUGACUGACUGACAGACUGACUGACUGACAGACUGACAGACUGCAGAAAGACGAGGCGGAUUUGAAUUAGCCAACUGUGCAUCCUUCGGCGAGGCAGGGAGGGAGGGAGAGGCAGCUGAUUAGUGUCUCGGAAGCCCUGGGUUCAGCGAAGAGUGGAGGAGGAGGAGGAGGAGGAGGAGGAGCGCAGAAUGAGCUAUUCUUGCACCAGCAGGGGCCACAGCCAGGACCCGUCGGGCGCUGACGCGACUGCCGGUGAGAAUCCAGGCAGGGUCACCGGGGGCACCGCCACGGACAGCGGCGGCGGCGGCGGCGGCGGCGGCGCGACGCAGACGGCGGCGAUGAGAGUGAAGAAAGGAUGCAACGCGCCCGACGCCGGAGUCCCGAUGACCACGGAGGAGGACCUGCGCGCCGGCGCGGCGAUCAGUCCGGAGGAUGUGCUGGGCUUGCAGAAGAUCACGGAGGAUUAUCUCUGCAGCCCGGACGAGAACAUUUACAACAUCGACUUCACCAGGUUCAAGAUCAGAGACAUGGAGACGAGCACGGUGCUGUUUGAAAUCACCAAACCUCCAUCCACAGAUAAAGCAGGGCAGAAGAGGGAUGUCGACCCGAACGCCGGACGGUUUGUCCGUUACCAGUUCACCCCGGCUUUUCUCCGGCUGCGGCAAGUUGGAGCCACCGUUGAGUUCACGGUCGGAGGCAUGCCCAUAGAAAACUUCAGGAUGAUCGAGAGACACUAUUUUCGAGAGAAGUUGCUCAAGAGCUUUGACUUCGAGUUCGGCUUCUGCAUGCCCAGCAGCAAGAACACCUGUGAACACAUCUACGAAUUCCCACCUCUGUCUGAGGACGUCAUCAGAGAGAUGGUGCUGCACCCGUACGAGACGCAGUCCGACAGCUUCUACUUUGUGGACAAUAAGCUGGUGAUGCACAACAAGGCGGACUACUCGUACAACGGUGGGACGUAGAGGCGACACAGCGACGCGAGGGACGGGCGGGUGGACGGUCUGUCCUGAGUAAACUGGUGGGGGUUCACAUCCUGCCACUCCAGUCGUCUCUCUUGUUCUCUCUUUCUCAAUCUCUUUCUCCCGCUGAGAGAAUUCGAUCUAGGAAACGUUCAUUUAAAUGUGUCAGUGUGUGUGUGUGUGUGUGUGUGUGUGUGUGUGUGUGUGUGUGUCUGUGUGUAAGCAUUUGUCAAAGCCUGAAAAGAAGCCACAUGCACACGAAGACACUCACGGACACACACAGUUCUCGGCUCGGUGCGCCGGCGCUGUAACAGUGUGUGUUUGUAACAGGAUAAACCAGCAAUUGAGCAACUUCUUUUUAGGGCAUAUCAGAUGGUUUUCGCUCUCUAGCCACGAACAAAAAAGACGACCUGUCUCUCAACAUAUGGAUAGAAAUUAUUUUUUUCAUUCCUGUACAUGUUAGGAACAAAUCCUUCAUCUAAAAACGUGUUUUUAGUGUGUGUGUGUGUGUGUGUGUGUGUGUGUGUGUGUGUGUGUGUGCGUGUGUGUGUGUGUGUGUAUCUGUGUGUGGUUGCUCUUGCAUUUUUGAGUGUGUUUUUUGCGUACUUUGUAUGAUUGUCUGUACAGUAGUGCUGGGUCAGUUUCCCGUUUAGGUGUAGGAGCUCAAACUCGAACCGACAUGUGUGGUCACGUCAGGUUCUGGUAAAUUCUCAUCCACUGGCUCUGUCGGUCUCAGUAUAUUCCUCUAGGGAGCGUCUGCUGAAUCAAGUGCAGCCCCUAGUGGUGAAAUUUGGUAUACCAGUCCAGGACGUCGUCAGUAUCAAAUUGGUUCAAAGGUUUUUACACCGGCCCCAACCCUGUUGUACAGUACUGUAUGUGUUUGUAUGAGUGUCUGUAUGAAGCAUGAUUAAUGGUCUGCUAGAAAAAUAUGAAUUUAAUUGUCAGUAAUGUGGUCACCUGGCUUAAAAAGGUCAAAUAGAUUUCCUAAACCUGUUUUCAGCAGUUUUCUACAUUAUAGACAGUAGUAAGUCAUUUUGAAUUUAUCAGACCUAUUUUCCUGUUUCCUUAUCCGUGUGUACCUUAUUCAUGUCUCAGGUCAUGUGACCUGUAUUAACCGUAAGGCAUGUGUGUGUUUAUGCUCUUUGCUCAAAGCACAACAUCUCAUCACGGAGCCGACACGUGAGGAAACGGUGAACUGAUCGGACCAUGAACGUACUUUGUCGUCUGUGUAGCAGUUAAGAAGUGAAAAAAACUAAAAAACAAAAUAGUAUAAAGAAGAAAAGUAUUUUGAAAUGUUGAUAUUUAUCAGACGUAAAGGAAGAGGAUUGUAGAAUGUAGCAGAAAUCUCUUGGAGAACAAAUCACCCUUAAAUCUCACACAGAUUUUUGAUUUGUGUGCAAUCUAAUGUUUUUGUUUCUGAGGCAGUUCUUGUCAUGUUUCAUAUGUCCAUCUUCUGAAUUUGUUUAGUGCUGUUGCCCUGAUUUCCGCCCUCUCAUACAUUUCUAUCCCGUCAUUUUUUUUCUCUGAAACAUUCCAGUUGCUUAGGACCCGAGUGUGUUGAUCUGUUGCCAUUCGAGGGCAUUUGUCACCCGCAUCAAAAUCAGUCACUGUUACAGCCAGUGUUUAUAUCUAUAUAUAUCUUUACUAUUUACAGACCUGGCUGAAAGGAAAUUACUUGAAUGCACCGCUUUGACUCAGAUCAUCAUUGGCUCAAAGUCAUUCAAAUCGAACAAAGGUUUAGAGACGUACAAAGUAGUGCAUAGGGCAGGAGGAGAACUCAGGUUGGCUCGGAUCGAAUUGAAUGUUAUGUACAGCAGGCUCAUUUACGACUGACCGUGACUCGUGUACUCAUUAUUUUCAAUGGAUGUACGUUUUUUGACGAUUCAAAAGUUGGUGUGACUUACAAAAAAAGUGAAACAAAUAAAGAUUCGUGGGACUUUUUGAAACA